GGAAGCCAUCAAAAAGGAAGGAGCCAUCAUGAUGAAGCUAACACUUGCCGCCCUUGGACUUAUACUGAUUGCCGCCGGCGGUGUGCUGUCGCAGCCGCAGGGCAGGAUUGCCGGAGGCGAGGACGCCGUCGUUGGCCAGCUGCCCUACCAGGGUGCCCUCUCCAUUGGCGGUAGCUACAACUGUGGCGCCGUUCUCAUUACCCAGCGCUACGCCCUCACCGCCCUCAGCUGCGUCUGCUCAGAGGGCAAGGACAAGCCGUGGCCUGCCACUUUGUUCAUGGUCUCCGUGGGCUCUGUGGACCUGUAUUCCGGCGGCCAGCGAAUUCGCGUGGAGGAGAUCACCAUUAAUCCCAACUAUAAUACCCUGAAGACCGGCAUUGCUUUGCUGCGGCUGGAGCAGGAUGUGACCUUCAACGAGGCAGUGGCCGCCAUUCCUCUGUCGCAGGAUACACCGCCCCUGGGCGCCCAAGUGGAGGUCUCUGGCUGGGGUCGCACCACCGAGUCGGAGGUGGACAUGCAUCGCACUUUGCAGAUCGGCGAGGCCGAGGUGAUGGCCACGCGUGAGUGUGCCCUGGGCAAGACCGAGACGGAGCCGGUGGCCGAUGACCAGGUGCUGUGUCUGGGCCAUGGCCGUCGUCAUGGCAUCUGUACUGGCGAUAUCGGUGGACCCGCCGUCUACAAUGGAGAGCUGGUGGGUCUGGGCGCCCAGAUGCUCGGCGAGUGCGGUGGCAUGCUGCCGGAGAGAUUCGUGAGCAUUGCGGCCAACUACGAUUGGAUCCAGGAGCAAAUCCAAUAAAAUUUGAAUUCAUUACGAAAGCAAGA